AUGCUUGUCAGAAGAUUGCCCGGCAAGCGUGUCUUCAUGUUGACCUCUAAUUCCGAGUUGCAGCUGGUGAUUCACAGUCGAGAGGAAAAUACUGCAGCCGAAUUAUUCCCCGUCAUGAUUCUCCUCCUGGUACCUCUUCUUGCUAUCGCCCUCCUGGUUUCCGCGGAGUGCGAAUGCGGCUAUGAGAUUGGAAAUAAUGAAGGAGACGGCUUUUCGUUAUUCAUGGAUCGACUCGAGACCGACUUCAACCAACUCCAUGACCUCUCUCAAAGCCAUGACUGGGUAGCUCAACAAUUCACAGUGUCAGCAAAGGAUGGUCGAGGUAACUACAGCAAAGCGUUUACGCCCGCAAAUGUCUACAUCCCUGGAGGGGAAUCACAAGAUCAAUCUGACCAUGGAGAUGGCCUUCAGUUACGUGUGAGUAGCGAUAUUGGCAAAGACAACAAAGUACCAGCAAGCGAAGUCGAUACAGCAAGACUCGACCUUCACUGGGGAUCUUUUCGAGCUGGAAUGAAGUUGACAGAGACAAAGGGCACGUGUUCCGCCUUCUUCUGGUAUUUCAACGACACUCAAGAGAUCGACAUCGAGUUUCUUUCGCGGGAGUUCGAUUACGAUAAGGGUGUAUAUCCCGUGAACCUUGUCGUUCAAUCCAAGCAGUCUCUGGAGGCUGGAUACGAUGCUAGUAAGACUGGAACUUAUAAACGAGUUCACUUGGACUUUGAUCCAACAGAUACCUUUCACGAGUACCGGUUCGACUAUCUUCCAGGCCAGGUCCUAUUCUACGCCGAUAGCAAACUCCUUGCCCAGAUGGAGGGGGACGAUAUGCCUUCUACGGGAGGGCACCUGAUUCUUCAGCACUGGAGCAAUGGCAAUCCGCUAUGGUCAGGCGGUCCACCAAUGGAGGAUGCAGUAGUCACUGUUAGCCAUGUGAAAGCUUACUUCAACUCAUCAAACAAUCAACGUCAGUCUUUUUUGAGCCAGAAAUGUCAUGAGUAUUCUGAGGCCUCAGUAUGUCUGAUUAGAGACGUAACAAACCCGACAUCGCCUGGGAAGUCGUCAAACGGUAGCAACCUCCCGCCACACGACCCAGAUGAUGAAAGCAAUGGUGCAGUCAGUGGGUUAAGGAGAGCUGGGCAGAUAAGUGUGUCUGGGAGUUUGAACUUUAUCUUGGCCAUAUCCUUUGUAGAAUUGGGCCUUGGUGUGCUACUAUUGUGA